GGACAACGACAAAAUGCAGAAGCAGAAAUUUGCUCUCAUCUUUUCAGCUAGCCCAGGGAAAUGGCAGUGACCGAAUAUUUGUAGCGAUUACAUAAUCUUAUCAUUAAGCUGUUUCUGUGAGUUUGUUGCGUCUUUCGCAGCUGAGGAAGAUACUGCAAGCGGCGGUCGCCUCGAAGAGACGACUCGGUUGUUUCCACCCACUGACCCGGACACCAGGAAGAUAAGCAGGCAGGAUGGCUGAGCCGGAGCUCCUGCUAGACUCCAACAUCAGGCUGUGGGUGGUGUUACCCAUCGUCUUCAUCACCUUUCUGGUUGGGGUGAUUCGACAUUACGUGUCUAUUCUUCUUCAGAGUGACAAAAAGUUGACGUUAGAGCAGGUUUCUGACAGCCAGGUUCUUAUUCGAAGCAGAAUUCUGAGAGAAAAUGGAAAAUACAUUCCCAAACAGUCCUUUUUGAUGAGGAAGUUCUACUUCAAUAACCAGGAGGAUGGAUUUUUUAAGAAGACCAAAAGAAAGGUGGUUCCACCUUCUCCCAUGACAGAUCCCAGCAUGCUGACAGACAUGAUGAAGGGUAAUGUCACCAACGUGCUUCCCAUGAUCCUCAUCGGCGGCUGGAUCAACUGGACCUUCUCGGGAUUUGUAACAACUAAGGUCCCGUUCCCCCUCACGCUGCGCUUUAAGCCUAUGCUUCAACAAGGAAUCGAGCUGCUCUCAUUGGAUGCUUCCUGGGUGAGCUCAGCAUCGUGGUAUUUCCUCAACGUGUUUGGACUUCGAAGCAUGUACUCGUUAAUUUUAGGCCAAGAUAAUGGCGCCGAUCAGUCGAGGAUCAUGCAAGAGCAGAUGAGUGGAGCUGCCAUGGCCAUGCCUGCAGAUACAAACAAAGCAUUUAAAGCUGAGUGGGAAGCACUGGAACUGACUGACCACCAGUGGGCGCUGGAGAGCGUUGAGGACGAUCUGAUGAGCAGAGAGCUGGACUUUGAUGGCAUGUUCAGCAAAGAGCUGCCCAGCGGCAUCUUCUGAUCUCGCAGUCACUUCUAGAAGACUUCCAUUUAAAAUAUUGUCUAUUGCAAGAGAUGUUUUUUUUUUUUUUUGCUUCAAACCCUAAAAGAUGGAACAAGACUCUUAUGCAAAGUUUCUGGUCAUCGUCUUCUCACGUGUAUUUAACUUUCUCCUACUGUCCAUAAAACAUUUUACA